AUCAACAAUGGGAUGGUAUUUCCUUCAUUCUCUGCUGAAUGGGGUCAACAAGUACUCCACAUCCCUGGGGAAAGUGUGGCUCUCGGUCAUUUUCAUCUUUCGUCUCCUGGUCUUGGUGGUGGCAGCUGAGACUGUAUGGGGAGAUGAACAGAGUGACUUUGUGUGCAACACACAGCAACCUGGUUGCAGGAAUGUGUGCUACGACCGUUUCUUCCCCAUCUCCCAUAUCAGGCUGUGGGUUUUCCAGCUCCUCUUUGUGUCCAUUCCAUCAUUUCUCAUCGGCAUGCAUGUUCAUCAAAGGAAGAAAUGCAAGAAGAAUAUAAAAAUCUUUAAUCAGAAUGCAGAUUUGCAGAAAGUAAAAAUCGAUGCCCCUCUUUUACGAACUUACUUGGUCAGCAUUUUGUUUAAAAUGUUGUUUGAAGCCGUCUUUAUGUUCUUGUUCUAUUGGAUUUAUGAAGGCUACAAGAUGCUCAGACUUGUCAAAUGCAGUGAAUAUCCCUGUCCUAAUACCGUGGAUUGUUUCAUUUCUAGACCAACUGAGAAAACGAUUUUCACUCUCUUCAUGUUAAUGACUUCAGCUGUAUGCAUCUUGUUGAACGUUGCUGAACUAUGUUACUUAAUUGUCAGGUAUUGUGUUAUGCAAUGGAAGAAAAACAUUUUUGCUGCAACAAGAAGCAAUGAAAACAAAAAAUUAACAGUUGCUCUUAGUUCGUCGAAUAUCAGCACAACAAAAUUUGACAAUGACCAAAAGAGCAGUUCUGAUAUCACUUCUAUAUUUUAAAAAAGACAAUGACUCCUGAAUUAUUUUAAGCUUCACAAAAUGCUUGUAAUUCUAGGCUCAAUUAUCUUGUGACUUUGAAACAACAUUUUAUCAAGAAGAGAUGAUGUAUCAAUUUAUGUGCAUUCCAAAUAUUUUGAUAUCCCAUUAUUCUGUUUGUCAUUGUUAUAUGUUGCUUCCAUUUUAAUUUACUCAUUCCUGGGUUCCUUAUGAACACAUGAUCACUUUUGUUGAAGCCGAUUGCAAACCUCUGGGAAUAAAGCCUCAAUAAAAUUGAACAAAGAAGGUGACGCAUAAAGUGACAUAAAGUGACGCAUUCUUAGAAGGAAAGAAUCUGACAUACAUUAGAAGCAUUAUCACAGUAAGCUAUAAACUGUUUUGAAUAGAAGCUGAAUACCAAAACAUCAGAGAAUUGGAUUAAGUGCAAUAUUUUGUUCAAAACACGAUAAUUGUACCUAAAAUACCUGAGAAGCUAAGUGCUGGUGAAUGCGUCUGUAAAUGGGCAAAAGUUAAGGUACAAAGGAAUGGACCCUGUCCUGACCUAUGCUUGCCAAGAGGCCCAUGACUUCAAUACGCCACUAUCUCCUAAAAUAGAACAGAAGACUGUGGAUUCUGCAGAUCUGAAACAAAAACAGAAAUUGCUAGAGAAAUUCAGCAGGCCUGGCAGCAUCUGUGGAUAGAAAGCAGAGUUAACAUUUCGAGUCUCCAGACUAAAAACAUUAACUUUGCUUUCCUCCCACAGCUGCUAUCAGACCUACUGAGUUUCUCCAACAAUUUCUGUUUUUAUUGCACCCGUAUCUCCAGUUUGCGUGAUUUCCUGAUGCCACUUCACGUAAAGCUGUCGGAGGUUAAAACCGAUAGUUUUCACAGCAGAUUGUGGGAAUCUGGCCAUUGAGAGAUAUGUUGUCAUACUGUGUAUGUUCAUCAGUGUUGACUGAUUGUGGAAAAGUGAACAAUAAAUGAAAGUUCCAUCUUUGACAUGGCAGGUUAUGAAAUGACGAAUUCUACUUUCAGCCAAGCUUUGUUAUUUCUACUGACUCAAUGCAAAACUGUUCAGAAACUGAAACGUUGUCAGUCUCAACGGUUAAAUAUUCUCUUUGUCAUUGUUUGAAUGUAAACUGUCAACUGUUAUUUUUUGAGGAUGUCUAAAGAAAUCUUAGAGCCAUAUUUAAGAAUAGAUUUUCAGGUCCAGUGUCCUUUCUUUCUUGUUCCUGGAUAAUCGAUCCAGAAUGUCUUCUCUCCAUGUAGACCAUUCAGGUAGUGCAAUUGCCUGGAUAUAGAGCUGAGAAACUGAAUGGCUAACUCCUGGCUUAAGAUAUAACUGAAAUUUGCAAUUCAUUUGUUACGUUUGUCAGGAUUAUGGUAGCACAGUGACUGUUUUGGAAUGUAAAAAUAUACCUCGUGAUAUAAACAUGAUUAUAUAUUACAAUAAAUUACAUAUGUUUGAACUAA